AUGAGUCUCCUGCUGUCCAAGCUUGCAUCUAAAGAAGAAGUAGACCAGGCAAUAAAAAGUAAGGCAGAAAAGAUUUUGAUCCUCAGAUUUGGAAGCGCUGAGGAUCGUCUGCGGAUAGAUGACAUCCUUUAAGACUUAAGUAAAAUGGCUAUGAUAUAUCUGGUGUAUAUAGACCAAACACCGAUUUACACCCAGUAUUUUGACAUCGGUUAUAUGCCGUUUACUAUCUUUUUCUUCAGUGGGCAGUGUACAAAAGUGGAUUAUGGGUCUCCAGAUCACAGUAAGUUUGUGAGAAGUUUCAAAACUAAGCAGGACUUCAUAGACUUGGUUGAAGUAAUCUAUGAAGGAGCGAGGCGACAAAAACUCACUGUCCAAAGUCCAAUCAAUCCUAAGAACAUUCCUAAAUAUGACCUUCUUUAUCAAGGCAUUUAAAACAUCUACUUGAACC